UUUAGUAUCAAUUGGGCGCUUGAUACGUGAAGAUUGUAUUUGUCUACAAAUAAAAAUAUUUAGACUCGGUAUACAUAUUUGCAGAUCAGUUAAAAAGUAAAUACGUAAAUUUCAAAAUGGCUCAGGAUAAUCUUACGGCAGUCUUACAUGGAAUUAACGAUUUGCGAUUGGAGCAACGUCCGAUACCGGAAAUCUCUGAUGAGGAGGUUUUGGUGGCCAUGGAUAGCGUAGGAAUUUGUGGAUCAGAUGUGCAUUAUUUGACUAAAGGUCGCAUCGGCCACUUUGUGGUGACCAAGCCCAUGGUAAUUGGCCACGAAAGUGCAGGUGUGGUCGCCAAAGUGGGUAGCAAAGUUAAGCAUCUGACUGUUGGCGAUCGGAUUGCCAUUGAGCCAGGCGUGCCUUGCUACAAAUGCGAUCACUGCAAGCAGGGCAGCUACAAUCUGUGUCCCGAUAUGGCAUUCUGUGCCACGCCUCCCUACGAUGGCAACCUGACCCGCUUCUAUAAGCACGCAGCGGACUUUUGCUUCAAGCUACCCGAUCAUGUCACCAUGGAGGAAGCAGCUUUGUUAGAGCCGUUGUCCGUGGGUGUACAUGCGUGCCGCCGUGCUGGCGUGGGCUUAGGUUCCAAGGUGCUUAUCCUUGGUGCUGGUCCCAUCGGAUUGGUUACGUUACUGGUCGCUCAAUCUUUAGGCGCCACGGAGAUUUUGAUUACGGAUCUAGUUCAACAGCGUCUAGAUGUUGCUAGAGAGUUGGGCGCUACACAUACGCUGCUUCUAAAUAAAGAUAAUACUGCGGAAGAAGUCGCGGAUCGUGUGCGUCAAUUAAUGAGCAGUGAACCUGAUAAGGCAAUUGAUUGCUGUGGAGCGGAGAGCACCACACGACUGGCGAUCUUCGCCACACGAUCGGGAGGUGUUGUUGUCAUCGUAGGCAUGGGUCCGCCCGAAAUGAAGCUGCCUCUGUUCAACGCCUUAGCUCGAGAGGUAGACAUUCGCGGUGUCUUCCGUUACUGCAAUGACUAUUCGGCCGCCUUGGCCCUGGUGGCCUCUGGUAGAGUGAAUGUCAAGCGCCUUGUCACCCACCAUUUCGAUAUAACUGAGACACAGAAAGCAUUCGAAACUGCUCGGGAUGGCUUAGGUGGUGCCAUCAAAGUUAUGAUACACGUACAGGCUAGAAAUACUAAUAAUCCAGUUUCAUUUUAGCUUGCUUUCAAAUAUUACUGUUUAAUUCAAAAAAACAUUAUUUCGACAAUCAGCAUUAAUAAUCUAAAAAAUUUUUUUAUCUUAUUUGUAUUUUGGUCCAAAAUCCAUAUAUAUUAAACUGAUCCACCAGUUAUAACUGAGAUGGAGAGCUGUCGACUACUGCGGAAUAUAUUAAGCAGAUUACCCAGAAAGCUUCAUGAUUAUGGCCCAUUCUCUACAAUGAUUCGAUACUUGCACGAAACGAAAAUGGACCUCGAUCAAUUGAUCAAGGUACGCAUGCGCAAACAAUUGCUUUCCGAGGGCAUUAAAACAAGUGAUCAGAGUCAAAUAGACG